CUUCACUUCCGGCCGGCGUCGUUUGAUCGUUCUGUGUGUCUCGGCGCGUGGUUUGGAAACCUUUGGUUUACUAGCUGCGUUUUAUUCUGAAAGACGCGAACAUGAGCAAAGCACACCCUCCCGAGCUGAAGAAGUUCAUGGACAAGAAGCUUUCCUUGAAGCUGAACGGCGGACGCCAUGUCCAGGGGAUCCUGCGUGGGUUUGACCCCUUCAUGAACCUGGUGAUGGACGACUGCCUGGAGAUGGCCCCUGGGGGGCAGCAGAGCACCAUUGGCAUGGUGGUGAUACGUGGUAACAGUAUCAUUAUGCUGGAGGCUCUGGAGCGAGUAUGAAGACUGAUGAAGCAGAAUUAAUAAUCACCCUUCACCUCUGUAUCAAAUCCCUGUAGCGCAUGCUGUCACUGCAGAUGUAGCCAGUGACGUUUUGUGCUGCACAUGAAAAUUUUUGUUUGAAAGCCUUUUUUAUAACUGGUCCUCCUGGUGACCUUUUUCGGAAAUGGAGAUUCCUGUUCAAGGAACGCUGAUGUGACUGUAUAGUGGCAGUGCAUUGAUUUCAGUGCUUUUCGGAGUGUCGUAUGAGUGUUGGGAGCAGGAAUUGUGUGUAAAUGUCUGAAGUUGUGGAACUACAAAAAUAAACUUUUGUACUGAA